CAACCAAAAUUUCAUCAUUUCUUCUUGGAUGAUAUUGAUCUUUUUUAUGGCAAAGUUAUACUAAUCAAGUCUGCCAAGGUUGAAUCUUCCUCUGUAAUGCAAAUAUUUAAACUGAAAAUAGACGCACAAGGGUCACAACUUCAGUUACGGUGAUCUUCAACUUCAGCUGCCAUUUUCUUACCCUUUGUACUGUUCGAAUUCAAGACAUAAUACCCCAUGAAUUUUAAAGAAACCCAACAAACGACAACAUGGACCGAUGAAGAAGACAAACAAGCCCAGCAAUAUGCCAUGCAACUGGUUAGCUCAUCGGUGGUGCCCAUGGUGUUGAAAGCAGCUAUUGAACUUGGUGUGUUUGAGAUUAUACAAAGAGCUGGUCCUAGUGCGCUGCUGUCACCUUCCCAGAUUGCAUCCCAACUUCCAUCUCAGACUAAUCCAAAAGCCCCUUUGGUCCUUGAUCGAAUCCUCCGCCUUCUAGCUACCCACUCCAUCCUCACUUACUCUCUUGUAACAAACCAAGCAGAUGGCCAGGUUGACAGGCUCUAUGGUUUGGCAACUGUUGCCAAAUACUUCAUUACAAGCCCAAGUGGAGGAUCUUUGUCGCCUAUGUUAGACUUGUAUCAGGACAAAGUCACUAUGGAUUCCUGGUACCACUUGAAAGAUGCAGUCUUAGAAGGGGGGAGUCCAUUUAACAAGGCACAUGGAGUAAAAACCAGUGAGUAUAUGAAAAAAGAUCCAAGGUUUGGAAACAUCUUCAAGGCCGCUAUGAUGGAUUACAACAAGCUGUUCGUGGAAGAGAUGUUGAAAAGUUACCGAGGUUUUGAUGGCUUGAAUUCAUUGGUAGAUGUAGGCGGCGGCAAUGGUUUUAUUCUCCACAGUAUUGUUUCCAAGUACCCUACCAUUAAGGGUAUUAACUUCGAUCUGCCACAUGUUAUUGACAAGUCACCCUCCUAUCCUGGAAUUGAGAAUGUGGCUGGAGAUGUUUUCAAGAGUGUACCAAAAGGAGACGCCAUUUUCACCAAGUGGGUACUCCAUCAUUUUGAGGACAAGCAAUGCGUGGAGGUACUUAGGAACUGCUACGAAGCAUUACCGGCGAGGGGAAAAGUGAUAGCAGUGCAAACAGUAAUCCCUGAAGGCCCUGAUGCCAACCUCUUAUGUAAAAGUGUGUAUCCGUUUGAAUUGUUGUCGACAACCAUGAACGAAAGCGCAAAGGAAAGGACAGAAAAAGAAUUCGAGAAAGUGGCGAAGGAUGCAGGCUUUUCUCGUUUUCGAGUGACAUGCUGUGUCUAUGGUUUUUCAGUCUUGGAGUUCUGCAAAAACAUGUGAGGUUCUGAUUACGGGAAAUUUGCAAAACAGCAGCAGCAUAGAAAAGAACAGUUAGCAAUUUCAAAUAAAAUUACGUUACUUACACUUCCAUUGUUAUCAAUCUCUUAGAAUGUUAAUCUGUAUGAAAUAAUAAUAUGAAUAAAUACUAUUCUUUCUUGCUGGUUGUGGCCAA